UAUAUACCCGAUAAAUAAUUUAAUAAUAGCAUUAUUAUACCGAGUGAUUUCGGUUUCGAUUUCGGGGCUCCGGGGGAUGCUAUGACGUCACAGCGGAGGAAACUCAACAUGGCUUGGUCACGUGGGCCACAAAAAAUAGUGACGUAAAACGAUGCUGCGUCGUCUGCUCGCGCGUACGCGUGCUCUCCCAGCAGAGGUAAACAACUGGCGACUCGAAGUGCAUGUCGCGAUGUCCGACGAAUCAUACUUCACGGAAAGCCCGUCCUUCUCCGAGUCGGAGUCGUACGAGGACACAGACUUGUUUUGUUAUGGCGACAGUGAAUGUGACGAAAACAGCGCUGUCCAAAAUCCAGAAAACCAUUUUAGAUUCGAUCCGCUUGCCAGCGAUGAAGGAGAGGAGAAUGUCAUGCCUGCCGUUCACGAGCAGCAAGUUGAGCGGAGCGGCAACGUUGACUGGUGCACCUGUGGUCGUUGUCGUCCGAUGGAAACAAACCGUGAAUCGGUGUGCUGCCGCGAAAUUUCGGAGGUGGCAGCCCGUGUGCCGGAAGGGGCCAAGUGUAUAACUGACCACCCCACUUUUGUGCACGCGUGCCUCAACGUGCAUGCUUUAGAGGUCGCAUACUACACCUUGAGAGAGGACCGACCUUCGCUGGUCAACGCACCUGAUAUCCACACGAGAUACAGGUACACUGCCUACAGGCAGUUUGUCCGCUGGAUAUGGAUUUGGCUGGGCCGUCGUAAUCGCAGAAUACUGCCCAGCUGCGUCGUCAGUGAAAUAAGAAAUGCUUUUCCAUCAGCACGCUAUGCAGGAUUCAGAUACCCCGAAUAAUAGUCAAGUUGUCCGUUUUGCCACAAAUAAAUGCCAACACUUCAACCGUACUUUAUUUGAUGUUUGUAUUCAUGAUGGUCACAACUCCAUUCCAACAUGAACAAAAAGGGAACAGAAAUCUAAAAAAGAAAGUGGUUGGAUAGUGGCGAAAUAUACCCUGGCUAAUUACAUGCAAGCUGUAUCCUCACAGCAGUCUUAGCUCGAGCAGUGAUGAUGAGAAAAAAUGGAGAUGUGGAAGUGGCUCUUUUGCGGUUUGCCACUUGACUUCAAUGUGUAAUUGUCAGCAGCCGAAACAAAUCGCACAUAUUCCAAACUGUGAGUGAACAUUGAAUAUUGAACUGUGAAUAUUGCUGUGAGUGAACACGGCACCAAGCGUUGGCUCCAGAAGCCCAGUUUGAGAAAUCUCCCUUUCUUGCACAACCCACUGUGGUUAGGCAUGUGGGUUGGAUGAUGAGGUUGUGAAAGUGACCACAGAAGAGGACAGCAGCCAAACAGGUGGUCCACUUUCUGCACAGUUCCAGGUUUCUGAUGAAACAAUUACUGUAUCAAAACCACAUUGUUCAGGCACUGAGACGGAGGGCACCACACGCUUUUGAAAGCAAACUAGCAAUGAUGAUGCUGACUGCCUGUUCAUCACUGCUCUUGCAGCACUGCAACGCACCCACAUUUGAGGAGUGUUCACCAGUCACAAAAAGUAGGUCCUGCACAACAUUCCCAAGUAUACCCAACAUUUGUCCCCACAGGACCCUGUGCAUCAUACCGGUAAAUCGCAUCUCCGCCCAA